AAAAGCCCGUCCCAGCCCCUCCUUGUUCAGAGAGGCAGGGAGCGCCAGGCAGGAAGGGAGGUUGGGUGGCUGCAGAGCCAAGAUAGACUUAAAAGAAAAACUUAAAAUAUUAAGUCAUCUUUUAAAAACUAUAACUAAUAUUUUUUAAAAGUAGAAUAAGAAAAUCUUAUGCUUCUGAAAUAUUAAUUAUAGUUUAUAACUUAAAACGAGGCAUUAAAUAAGUAGCUCUUUCAAACAAGAAGAAUAUUUGAAGAAAAAGAGAAGAAUGAAGGCUAAUCUUAAAAAACAGGGAGGAAGUUAGGUGUUUUACCGACGGCAGGCUUAAAAAACCAAACAAGGCAAUUUUUAAGCCAAGCAAAAACUUAAAACUAGAGAAAAAGGCUGAAAAAUUAGGGGAAAAAAUGAAGAGAGAAAAAAGCAAGAUCAAUUAAUGAAGAUAAUUAAUUUUAGGCUAUUGAAAAAAUUAUACUGAAGAUUUCAAAGAUUAUUAAAUGAAGAUAAUUGUAAAGAAAUGUUUAUAUUACAAACUAAUUCAAUAGGUUUGAAUAUAAACAUGGAAAAGAUAGAAAAAAUCUGCUUCAAGCAGAAGAAAAAAGUUUGGCUUUUAAAAGGCAACUAGAGAAGCAGUUCUUUAAAAUACUUAAAAAUAGUUGCUGAAGGCAGAAAAACCAAGAUAGUUGUUGAAGGCAGAAAAACCAAGAUAGUUGUUGAAGGCAGAAAAACCAAAGUAGAAGACCAGGCUUAGAAGAGAGAAGGGUAGAAGGCAAGCAACAGUAGAAGAAAGGCAAGUAGAAGAGAGAAGGCAAGGAAGGAAAGUAGAAGAGAUCAAGGCAGGAAAGAAGAAAAGAAGAAAGGUAGAUGUGACCUAGAAGAGAGAAGGAAAGGUAGAAGGCAUCAUAGAAGAAAAAGAAGAGGAAAAAGGUAGAAGAGGAACCAAAGAGAGAGAAAAGGGGGGAGAAAAGCUUUAAUUUGUUGUGCUUUUGGACUAACUAGCAAAAAAAGAGGGGAUGAAGGACAAUGAUACUAAAUUCCCCAAUGCUUGCAGUCUAUAGCUUUUUAAGUUGGUGCCAGUGAAGGUGUGGCGUACUUGAGAAAAGUUUGCUUGCUGCAAUUUUGUGGGCACUUGCCCCCCCAAAAAAGGACUGUGUUUGGAUAGGCUCUUGCUAAGGAGAAGGGAGGUGGUGGGGAAGGAGCUUCCGAAAAACCAUACCCGAGGAUUCAGAUCGUAAACUACGUGGCAUGAGGAAAAGGUGGCAUUUGUGGCGUCCUGUUGCGGAGAUAGAAAGAGAAGCGUUGGAAGGUGAAGGGAGAAAAGAAGGAAGGCAAACCAGCAGAUCUCCUGGGAGGAAGAAGCAUAGCUAUAGAAGGCCGUAGAAAAAGGACCCAGGACCCCUUUGAGGAGGAGGAGGAGGAAGGGAGAAGGAGCGAAGACCUGCUUUGAAGCAGUUGGUAACAUCCCAUCAGAGGUUUCUGGUCACCUUCUUGUCUGUCCUGGGGUUUCUUUUUCCUUGGGGAGGGCUCUGGGUGUCGCAGGUCUUUUUCCUUGCAGGCAGAAAUCGUGGUCUUGUGCUGGGAAGCAGAAAAAAGAGCCGUCUUCCUGAGGUUAGAAGUGCUGCUUUUGCCCUCCUGGUCCCCCGAGAGGUAGCUAUAGGCCUUAUGUGGUUCUAAGGAACGCAUGGGUUGAGUCGAGGAGAGAUGCAGCCAGUGGACACAAACCAGCAGGAAAAGAGGAGGAAAAAAUAAGGGUGAGACUCAAAGGGUGCCCCAUUGUAGCCUUUAGAGGGAGAUGGGGGGUCCCCAAUCUUGUUGAGUUUUUGUUCCUUCAGGUAUGUACAUGCAUAGCCAUAUUUGUAAGCCAAGGGAAUCCUUUUAAGGAUAGAUCCAAUGAUAAAAGGCAAAAAAGAGGACAAAUGUGUUGAAAUCUUCAGCUUUGAGGAAGAAGGGAGCCCUUUGUUGGGUCCUUUUAUGGAGCAAAAGGAAGAACAGGAGGGGAACACAAACAAGCCCAACCCAAGAGGACUUUUCCCCCUUUUAAAAUGCUAAGUAUACAGUGGGAGAGUGUGAUUUAGUGUUGACGGGGAGGGCGGGAGGGUCAACCCCAGCUUCUUUCCAGCCUCUUUGCAGGUACAGUAGCGACCCCUGGUUUAGCAGAGUGGUCCCGCAGGACUAUGGCGAGAUUCUGGCAAGCGAGGAGAGAGAGCCUAAAAUUGGAGAUUGUAUUUGAGACGUCUCUAUUUUCAGCAGAGCUGGCAAGCUAAGUGAAAAGGAGCGAGAUCUCAUGCGGUUGGUGGUUCCGUGUGUAACGUUGGGUAAUGCUGGGGCCGGGUAAUGUUUGGGCCGGGUGGGCGUUGGCAUCAGAAUAACACUGCUCUCUGAUUCUUUCUCCAGGAAACCCGUAAGGUUAGGCCUGGGGGACAGUAAGAACACAGAGCUUCUAAGCCUGGAUGGGCAAGUAAUUCCCAACACUGCACCAAAAGGUGUUCAGUACAACUUAGUUCUUAAAAGAAAAUGCAAAGGCAUCAGAAAAGUCCCUUUCCAGCUGAAAUGCUGUUACAAAGUAGGUUUAAGAUCAGUUGAGCUGCCACUCCCACACCCCCUCUAAAGGGGAGGAGAAGGCAUGCGGAUUUGGGAUUUCCAGUGAAUGAUGGAAAAGGGCUGUUGGGCUUAGGCAAGUGUUGUUAGGGUGGGGUGGAAACAUUGUACUUCCGAUGCAGUAGCCUGUGGUUUUCUUUUGGCCUUUUUUUCCAGGUACUUAAUAGCCUUAAAGGCUUCAGGGAGAAGGAAGGAGCUUAUUGAGCCUGGUGGUGUGUGAGUCCUUCUGAUGGUAGCUUGUGUAAUGUAAAUUCAAGUAAGAUCCUGCUUUUGAUUGUUUCUUCUUGUAAAUGAGUCAUGGAGCCAAGGAAUGACGUAUCUGUUGACACCUAUCUCUUGUGUAACCGAGUCUGUAACCUACAUAAAUAACCAGGCAAACUGGUCACAGCAGAUGUAAGCCGCGCAACGCUGACCAUUAAAAGUGAGCAACCUGUCUUGAAUGCACUUAGCUGGAAAUGUCUUUUGUCUUGUGUGGGGCGGGUCGUGUGGGGCACAACUCUUGUCUAGACCUUUUUCAGAUCCGUCGCCUAAAGGCUGGCCUCUCGAAGCCUGAGAAAAAGUAUGGCAUCCCAUAAGCGGAGGGAGCAGCUCCUUGGGAAUGAUAAGUAAAAGGCAGAAAAUGUCCUAUGGCCUCUUGUUUGAUGGAAAAAGUACCAGAUGUAAAAAGCAAUGCAAAAGCCAGGCUCAUCCCGGAGUGGGAAAACCCAGCAAAUGCCCUAAGCCAGGAACAGGCAAAAUUGGAAAUAUGGAUUGAUUGAGGAAUUGAGAGAAGUGUUAAAGCAAGGAGAGCAAUGCCAUUUCUACAGUAUGGUCUUUAAGUUGAAAGAAUCUUCAGGGAAAAAUUCAAAAUCAGCAAAGAUGCUUUCUACUACUACCCAAAUCUGUGAUGUGAAUUAUUCCUAAAUAUGCAUGGAAUGAAGGAGAGAGGAGAGAGAAUAAUACAAAGUGAUAAAAUGUUGGAUCGGCUGUCUUGCUGGAUUGGAGAGGUGGAGGAGGAGGAGGAGGCUUGUUCUGUGUUGUUUGCCUCAGACAGGUGCUUGGCCCUACUAAGGAGCAGAGGUUGGCCUGCCGUCUGGAGCUGUCUAAACCGACAAAUAUCCGUGACAGAUAAGUGACCCACUUCUAUGAGAUUGCAUGUCAGGGAAAGCUGGGAAAUGCUGUUUUCAGGGUUGGGUUGACAAGCUUAGGAGCCCCCAGCCAGCCAUUGCAUCACACACACACACACACACUGCUUAUCUUGGGGUGUGCUGGGUUGCCUGGAGCACCCGCCCCCUUGCCAAUCUCCCUGGCCUUGGUUGCCUUGUGUCCAUUUUAUACAUCCAGCUCACUUCAUGUGAGGCUGAGGAAGAUGCCCAGUGGGCUAUGUCCCCCCCCCCCCUUUGGAGCCUGAUAAAUACUCAGUUACUGAUGCUUGUAUAAUAAAGUUACAUAAUGGCUUAUAAUACUCCCUUGUGACACACAAAGAUGCCACAAAGUUGCAAAGAUGUAAGAGAGGAAACACGCCUUAAUAAUAAAAUGACUCACAUUUUGAAAGAAUAGGAAGUGCUGUCUUAAUUAUUAUUAUUAUUUUAAAUAAAAGUUGUAUUUGUGAAUGGUCCUGGGGCGUUUUGGCAGGGUGGGGGGCAUUCUUCUCGAUCUUUCAGGCACUUUCUUCACGAACCACGUGGUCUUUAUUGGACAAGAGCAGAAACUGAGCAGAAGAUUUGAUUCUCUAAAUAAGGCAGGAGUGACUUUGCAAAGCCUAUUUUCUUCCCUUCCUCAUUCCGCUGAGAUCCAAGUGUAGACCCAGGCAUUUGGCAGCAUAGAGGCAUUGUAACUAAGGAAAAUGAUGUGUAUAUAUACAUAUAUAUAACCAAGGGAUUUCUAAAAUGCUCAAAACUAGACCAGAGGGGGGAAAACACUUUAAGCAGCUUGGGGUAAGUAAUAAAUAUCUUUAUGUCUUCCGGCCCAAGAAAUGCUCUCUUCCAGAGCUUGAGCCUCAGUGAAUUAAGCAAGGCCAGACCUAAAUUGAUGGAGGAUUUUGUUAGUCUCCUUGUCUGUGUCUGCAUUUAACUUGAAUUCUGUGCUCACCAAGUCUGCCUAUUGAGGACUCCGCAUGCCCCUUCCAUCUGCUUGCAUCCAUUUCCUGCUGCAGUGCUUGUGGUUCCAUCUCUCCCUAGCUAACAUUGGGCUGGGGGUGGAAGUAAGGGGGGCAACUGUUGAGUGUUUUAUUUCAGAGGCUCCAUCCCAUAAUGGUAGCUGCUAGCUCAUCUCUUGUGAAGCUGUCCAGAGCUGAUUCUCCUUCUGUCACCCCCUCUGUGCCCAUGCGCAUCCUACCAAGGCCUACCCAGUGAGUUGCACUUCUAUGUAUAACAAAAAUAGUGAUUUUUUUAUCUUCUACGUAUAACAAAAACUGAUUUUUAUCUCCUAACGUAUAACAAAACGUGAUUUUAUAUAAGCCAGCUGGGGAGGGGGGAGGGCUGACCUGUUUUCUAGCUCUUCUUGUUUUGCAGACCCGAGAUAACACUGCCUGAAGCAGAUCUGUUCAGUUGGCAAGUAACAUGGUGCCGUGUGCGUAGUCUGCUUGUGCAAAGCAUAUGAUGAAUCGGCUUUUCUCUUGUGUGGAGUAGUGAUUGUUGGAGGAGAGAAACCCCAAUGCCUGUGGUUUGAAAGGAACUCUUGGAUUUAAAAACCUUGCUUUGUAAACGGUCCUUGUAUGAAAGGGGUGCGUUUGUGUGCCGCUUUAGGUAACCUAAGUUCUCUUGUUCCUCUUUGGCAAAGUGGGGAGGAGGGGGGCACUGAAGCCUUUAGUUUCUUCCAGAUGCAUCUUGAGAUCACAUUCACACCAGAAAACAAACCUGAAAGCAGUUCUGCCGGCAAGUUCCCCAUCACAUUUGAUCACCUAGCGACUUUUCUUUAGUGCACUGCUUUUGUGUUGGGGGCGGGGUCUCUCCUUGUCUAGUUUCUUAACAGUUGCUCCAAGAACCACCUGACCUUCCAAACAAAGCCAGCUCUUCACGUUCAGCCACAGAAGUCACCCACCUCCGUAAGCACAGUGGCAUCAUUCAGGAUCUCUUUUUCUCUCCCCACUUCCUUUGGUGUUAUACUUGUGGGGGGGAGCCCCUUGUCUUCUCGAGAUUGCUUUCCACAGAUCAGGAGGGGAGGAGAAAAUGCCCGACACUCAAGGAGUUCACACGGCAAUGGACAAAAAGAACAGGUGAACCAUCUUUUCUCUCUUUCCACACCAAGCGUAAGAUGGGAAAGGCUUUUGGGGGGGGAGGUUUAACAUUGCCUCCCUGUUCUGCUUCCUCAAAUUCAGAUUUUUGACCCCAGCUUCAUGCUGAUCUGUGCCAUUCAGACUGUUUUCACUUAUUUAACAGGUUGGGUUGAGAUCCUUGGCGUCUUCAUGGCAAGAGGAUAUCCCCAGCUAUGCUUUAUUUAAAGCUCUUUAGCCUCGGAGGCCUCUUUCAAUAGAGGAGACCAACAAGCCUUAAGCUCUCUGGCCUCCUUUUCUGGUCAAUGGCAAUUCAGUUGGAAGCAGAACAAAUACUAAUUUUACCAAAAAAAAAAUACAGUAUACCCACACAGUGCCCCUUGCAGUAACUCUGCCUAGGGCAGGCAACAAUGGCCAAUCCAUAAUAACGAGGCUUAUAGCCGUGAUGGUCGUAAUCUUUGCCUCACGGUCUUCCAUUGGCAAUGGAUAAAAGACCAAUGUUGAAAAGGGAGGAGGGCAGGGAUUGUGCUGCAACCCGAUUUUUCUUGCUAAGCGUUUUCCAGGAACGUAGCUCAGACCACACAAAGCACUGACUCCAUAAUACUAAAACCUGGAUCCUGCCCGUGCUGCUGUUCUCAAGGUAACACAUUUAAAAUGCCCCAUUUCAAACUAGAUUUGGUAAAUGGCUGUAACUUAAGCCUGUAACUCUUCCCUUGGAAACUAAACAGUUGAAGGAAGGUAACUUUAACUUAACUUUUGAAGGUAACCUUAACUUUUGAAUUCUCAGAGCUAACCCCCAAUAUACUGAUAAGUGCUCAGCAGAGAUCUCAUUUCUAACAAGCCUAAUGUUCAAUGUUGUCUCUUCAAAUAACAUGGCUAAGACAGUAUAUGACUUGUGAGCUGGGGAUGCUGGGGUGGGUACUACUUCACUGACUUAGCCAGCCUUUGUGAAUUGUGUGUCAGACGGCUUUUGGGGUGGAUGUCUGCAACUGUCUGCUAAGAUUCUUUCAGGUCGCAAUAAACGAAGGUAGAGAAGUGGAAGCUUUAUGGAAGAGAUUUCAUCCUAAUUCCAAAAACAAAUAAACAAAUAAAAUGAAAGGUUUUCUUUUCCUGAGAGAACAAUCUUGUUUUCUCAGGUUUUGCUUUUCCCCUUGUUGCAUUGCCCAAAAAAAGCAAAAGACGCUGGUGGUUGGCACUCCUGGCUUCCGGGACGGGGUUCAAGUCCCUGCGGUGUCCUUGCUUUCCUCAAUGCAACUUUGGUGGACUUCUAAGGUCCUGCUGCUGCCAGAGGCAUCAACACUAGUUUUGUUUCAUACUGUUGUAAUUGGUUGCUCUUUUUCUGAUUCAAGAUUCUAUAUUAAGAAAAAGACCAGCACCAAGGAACUGCAAAAUUUGGGACAUAAUGCUCUGAGAGGCCCAAGUUUGUAUUGUCAUUCUAAGAUCACACUGUUACUUUGAUGGUUGGAAAUAAAGUUUGGAGUUACUUGAUCUGCAUCUUGUAUUGUUCUCUUCAUUUAUCUUUUCUCCCAGUUUGGGACUAGGGUGCAUUGAAUAAAAAACCAGGGGGGGGGGAUCUGAGAUCCAUACUAAGAAGCCACAUUCUAUUAAUGUCUUUUGGUUUAUAAGGUGUAUAAAUAAAAUUUGGGAAUUGCAGCCUUGUAGGUAUUGGCUCCAGUGUGGCCAGCAGUGAGGAAGGCUUGGGAGGUGCACACAAAUUGCAGGAAGAGAUUUAUUUUCUGAGGAGACCAUAUGCAUGUAUCUAUAAAUAUGUGUAACUUCAGAAUGGUAUGCAACAAUAAACAUAAGCAAAUCAUCUGACCUUUUAACCUUUUUGCAAGACUAUAUAGAUAAAACAUGGAAUGUUUGCUUAAUGCCUUGAGAACUGAGGAAUCGUCAAGUUGGAAGAGCCGUGCCCAAGGGUCAUCCAGUUCAAUUCCAUUCUGCCACAUGGGAAAAUAUAAUAAAAUCACUCCUUACAGAUGUCCAUCCAGCCUCUGCUUUAAAACCCUCUCUUUCCACCUCCUUUGCAUUCUCAUUGUUUCACAUCUAGACCUCUGAAACAUAUUUCAGACUACGUUUUCACCCAUUUCCACUUGGGUAGGAAAUCCCCAAAUUAAACCCAAUUGCUGUAGGUUAUAUUUCAAAGGAACAAACCUCUGUCAAAAAAAACCCCCAAUGGAAUUCAUGGCCUUCAUAAACUGACAGGUAAAUUGCAGGCACAGACACACACAAAAUAGCAUAAGGCCUAAAUACCCUAACCAGAUCAAGGAUAAUUCUAAGCAGCUGGCCCAGGUUAGUAUUUGAAUUGGAGAGUUCCAAUGCAUACUUUGGUGAUGUUAGCUAUAUUUCAGAGCAAGUAAAUGGCAAAACCACAUAGGAAAACCCAGUGAACCCACGUAGUCACCUUAAACCCACAUGCGACUUGAAGCGUCCCCCAAAUACCCUAAUGUCCACAAAAGAAUCUUCUCAUGUCUUAUCAAAGGUGGAUCUGCUGUUAGAAAGAACCCAACUGCCAGGUGUGCCAGGAACCCCUUUGCGAUGAUGCGCAAUGCGUGAUGGAAGGAUCUAGCACAUCUACUGUUGUGACUCCGUCCCUCGUACAUACUGGUCCGACUUUCCAGCAGUCCAAGGAGGUUGAGAUAGAGAAGUUGGGAGGAAAUUAUUAUUAAAGGAGGAUUUGACACAUUAUUUAAAAGAGGGAAGACUGUUGAGAACCCUACAGAGACCUUUAGGUUCUAUUACAUAACCCUAACUGGCCACAAGCCGGUCAACCAAACAGAAAUCUAUAGCUAUUUUUUAAAUACCUAGAGAACAUAAACAAUGUAGUCAAUGCUCAGCUGUAGGUAAUCGACACAAAAUAGAAACAUAAGGGAAGAAAAUAAGGCCUAAAUAGGGUCAGUAAAGCUGAUGAGAUUUUCCAAAAAUCCUCGACUCCACCAAACCAGGCUGAUUUUGAAUGCCAUUUAUGAAUGCCAUUUAUGGGGCUCCUUAUAUGAAACAAGUUCAAGAUGGGGAAUCCUCUAGCAUUUUCCCUUAAAAAGUGAUAAUUUAGUUUAGAUUUUGUGCAAAGUCUCACUAUUCACUGUUGGUUGUGGCGGAUCUGUUCCUUGAGCAUAAAGGAGGAGAUCUUUGCCAUCUCCUCCUCCCCCAAAAAAGAGAUGAGAUUGAAAAAUAAAGCUUUCUUGCCUCUUCUCUUUGGAGUUAUUGUCGUCCUCAUCUACUAUUUCCACCAAAUGGACGUCAAGGUAGGAAUCCAUGUUUUCUGUAACAUUUAUGUACAAAACUGGUAUUUCCAUUUCCUCCAACUGAUGUAUCUCCUCUGAAUGUGACAGUAGGACUCAAAUAAGUUUGUGAGUAUGUGUGUGUGUAUAAACAUAGUAUUGAAGAAAAAUUGAAAAUACGUUACUUCACUUAAGCGAUCCCUUGUUGUCUGAGUAUGAUGGCCUUCCAAGUGUACUUGGCGAUGGGUACGUAGGUGACUGUGGAGCUCUAUUCUUGACCCACACGUUCUUCCACAGUGAAGGCUUUGGAUACCAGGUGGAAGGCGUUCCCGGUCAGGGUUGGCUUGACCCGCCUUCCUCUUGACAUGUUUCUCCCUUUUGCCUUCCAUCUGUGCCUCUUCAAAUUCCACAGCACUGCUGGUAACAGCUGACCUCCAGCUAGACCGCUCAAGGGCCAGGGCUUCCCAGUUCUCGGUUUCUAUGCAACCGUUUUUAAGGUUAGUUUUAAGGCCACCUUUAAAUCUCUUUUCCUGUCCAUCAACAUCCCAUUUUCCAUUCUUGAGCUGGAAGUAUAACUGCUUUGGGAGACGGUGAUCGAGCAUUCGGAGAACGUGGCUAAUCCAGCGGAGUUGAUGGCAUAGGAGCAUUGUUUCAGUGCUGGCGGUCUUUGCUUCUUCCAGCACACUGAUAUCUGUUUGCCUGUCUUCCCAAGAGAUUUGCAGGAUUUUUCGGAGGCAACGCUGAUGGAAUUGUUUCAGGAGUUGAGUGUGACGUCUGUAUACAGUUUGCGUUUCGCAGGAGUACAACAGGGUUGGGAGGACAAUCUAUAUAUAUAAAAGAGUGAUGGCAUCAGGGCAGCGGAAAAAACAACAAAACUACAGGCCCCCCAACCUCGAAAUUUGACAACACAACCCAUCAUCCACGGCUCUAGGUUGAUACAACAAAAACACAAAAAAAAUAAAGUCCUAAUUACAGGGAGAGGAAUAAUAGUUUUUAUCCAAUUGCUGCCAGUUAGAAGGCUAAGCUCCGCCCACUUGGUCUCCUAGCAACCCACUCAGCCCAGGGGACAGGCACAGUUAGGCCUCACUUAGGCCUUUUUCACAGAUUAUCAUACUUUAACUGGAUUAUAUGGCAGUGUAGACUCAAGGCCCUUCCACACAGCUAUAUAACCCAUUUAGAAUCUUAUAUUAUCUGCUUUGAACUGGAUUAUCUUGACUCCACUGCCAUAUAAUCAGUGUGCAUACUAAACAUAAAGACUACUAUACAACAGACAUUCAAUACCACCACUAACUCAACAAUUUCUCACCAACACCACCAGAAAAUGCCACAGCAACGCGUGGCUGGGCACAGCUAGUAGCUUUAUAAACAAGCACUUUGGUAUCCCUACAGAUGUCCCGAUUCUCAAAAACUCUCUGCUUUAAUUGCAAAAAUGCUGCACUCAUAGAGCUCAGACAGUGUUGCAUUUCAGUGUUGAUGUUGACUUUUGUGGAGAGGUGGCUGCCAACGUAAUGCAAAUGAUCAACGUUUUCUAAUGUUACACAAUUAAGCUGUAUUUCUGGCAUUGCAGAGGAAUUGGCUGGUGACUGCUAGAAGAGCACUUUGGUUUUUGCGAUGUUCAAUGAGAGGGCGAACUUCUCCUAUGCUUCUGCAAAGGCGUUUAGAGUGGCUUGUAAAUCUUCUGAAUGUGCACAGACUAUCUUAUCAUCAGGAAAUUGGAGUUCUAUAACGACCUUGGUUUUGGCUUUUGGUCUGCCAUCUGUCUGAUAUAUGAUUUCCGCUCCAGUGGGAAGCUUCCCAUAAACAAGAUGAAGUAUCAUAGUGAUGAAGAUGGAAAAUAAAGUUGGGGCAAUAACACAUCCCUGUUUGACACCUGAAUCCACCUUAAAAGGGGGAAUACAUCAUUCAGAAGUUGGCCUAUCCGCUUUCUGGACACCACUUAAACCACUCGAUGCUAUGGGAUCGCGGGAGUUGUUUUUUUAUCAGGGUACCAUGAUUCUACCAAACUUUCAAUUAGGGUAUAACUAAAUUAUUUUGUUCACCAUUAUUUCUAAAGACAAAAGGGAACACUAGAAUAUGGAUUUUUGUUUAACCAAAUAAAAUGCCUUUUUCUUCUGAAUAACCUGCUACUGUAGCAUUGUGAAUGUCUUGUGUUACUUUUUCCUUGCAUGCUCAAGAACAUUUCCAGGUUCCGAGUUUUCAUGAGGGAUGGAGUCGCUGCACUAGUUUUGGGCCCAAGAUUGGAGUUGAAAUCCCUAAAAAGUUUGGAGUGAUUCACGUUUUACCUUGUAAAAGUGAGAAGAUGACCCUGAAAUCUAACAAAUGCCCCCUUGGGAUGAGCUCCCCUUCACCCAGUGGCUUCUUCUGGCAGAACCAAUGGCACCCCGUUUUGUGCACUGUGUCCAGUUACGACAACAUGAACCAUUUGAUGAACACCUGCCUGAAAGGGAAGCUCAUUUACCUCCUGGGAGACUCAACGGCGCGGCAAUGGCUCGAGUUUCUCACAAGGAAUGUGCGCUCAUUUCGAUACCUCGAUACCCACGGAUUUGGGAAGCAGUCGAACCUGAUGGCGGUGGACCUGGGCGCAAAUGUCCACAUCAAGUGGAUCAAGCACCACCACCCACUGAUCACUACCUACGAGUACUUGACGACGGACCACGACUAUGUGGCCCGAAAGAUCGACCGCCUGGCGGGGGACGCCAACACGGCGCUAGUCCUGGCCUUGGGGCAGCACUUCCGCCCCUUCCCCAUCCAGCUUUUUAUUCGGCGGAUGGUCAACAUACGGGAGGCUAUCCAGCGCCUUUUCCUGAGAAGCCCACAGACUAAAGUGGUCAUCAAGGGAGAAAACACACGGGAGCUGGACACAGAUGUUGAGCGCUUUGGGGACUUCUAUGGCUUUGCUCAGAACCUUGUCCUGCGGGACAUUUUUAAGGAUUUGCAAGUGGCCUUCAUCGAUGCCUGGGACAUGACCAUCGCCUACGGCUCCAACCGGCUCCAUCCUCUGGAUGACAUAGUUUGGAGCCAAAUCCGGCUGUUCCUCAACUACAUUUGCUGAAGCAGCUAAAGGCCAAAAGGCAACGUGUCUACACUGUAGAAUGAAUGCGGUUUGGAACUCCCAUGGGUCAAGGCUAUGGGAUCCUGGGGUUUGCAGUUCCAUGAGGCACCAAUUCCCUUCGGCAGAGAAGCCACAAGACUAUGUGCAACUAUAAAUCCCUUAAUUCUGCAGUAUUGGGCCACAGCAUUGGAAGUGGCAUUAGGCUGCGUUCGUUCCACAGUGUAGAUGAAUCUUUAAGUCAAAGCAAACUUAGAAACUGUGGGAUCUACCAAAAUUGCCAAGGACAAACAGAAAUACACCACAAUAAAAAAUAAAAUGAAAAAUACGGGCUGCAUUUGGGCACAUCUAUACUGCAGAAGUAAUGCAUCUUGAGGCCACUUUAACUGUCCUGGCACAAGGCUAUGGGACAAUGAGAUCUGAAGUUCUAUAAGACCUAUAGACACCAAUCUACAUCUUCCAGGAUCCCGUAGCAUUGGAGAUAAAGCGACCUCAAACUGCAUUAAUUCUACAAUGUAGACACACCCCAAGUUUCCAACCUAAAAAAGAAGCUUCUUACUAUGCUACCCCCUUAUAAAAAUAUAUAGUGUAAAGAUAAACAGUAUAGAUAGAUUAUAUAUAUAUAUAUAUAAACAUACAGAUAUACAGAUUACAAAUUAAAAUAGAUUGAAGCAUCUGUAGGCUUUCCAGCAACAAACCUCUCGAAUCCCUGCCAGAACUAAUUUUAAAAAGGGGAU